AGCCAGCAGUACUUGGCAUAGUAAGGCUCAAUAAGCACUGGCAUGGCACAGAUCAGCAAUAUCUGGCACAGCAAUGCUCUAUAAUACCUAGUACAGCAAGUUCCAGCAACAACUGGCACAGCUCAGCAAUACCUGGCACAGGACGGCUCAGUAAUACCUGGCACAGCACGGCUCACCAAUACCUGGCACAGCACGGCUUAGCAAUAUCUGGCACAGCACCGCUCAGCAAUACCUGGUACAGCACGGCUCAGCAAUACCUGACACAGCACCACUCAGCAAUACCUGGCACAGGACGGCUCAGCAAUACCUGGCACAGCACGGCUUAGCAAUACCAGGCACAGCACGGCUCAGCAAUACCUGACACAGCACCACUCAGCAAUACCUGAGACAGCACCACUCAGCAAUACCUGACACAGCACGGCUCAGCAAUUCCUGGUACAGCACGGCUCAGCAAUACCUGGUACAGCACGGCUCAGCAAUACCUGGUACAGCACGGCUCAGCAAUACCUGACACAGCACCACUCAGCAAUACCUGACACAGCACGGCUCAGCAAUACCUGGCACAGCACCACUCAGCAAUAACUGACACAGCACGGCUCACCAAUACCUGACACAGCACCACUCAGCAAUACCUGACACAGCACCACUCAGCAAUACCUGACACAGCACCACUUAGCAAUACCUGACACAGCACCACUCAGCAAUACCUGACACAGCACCACUCAGCAAUACCUGACACAGCACCACUCAGCAAUACCUGACACAGCACGGCUCAGCAAUACCUGGCACAGCACCACUCAGCAAUACCUGACACAGCACGGCUCAGCAAUACCUGACACAGCACCACUCAGCAAUACCUGACACAGCACCACUCAGCAAUACCUGACACAGCACGGCUCAGCAAUACCUGGCACAGCACGGCUCAGCAAUACCUGACACAGCACCACUCAGCAAUACCUGACACAGCACAGAUCAGCAAUACCUGGCACAGCACAGCUCAGCAAUACCUGACACAGCACGGCUCAGCAAUACCUGACACAGCACCACUCAGCAAUACCUGACACAGCACCACUCAGCAAUACCUGACACAGCACAGAUCAGCAAUACCUGGCACAGCACAGCUCAGCAAUACCUGACACAGCACGGCUCAGCAAUACCUGACACAGCACCACUCAGCAAUACCUGACACAGCACGGCUCAGCAAUACCUGACACAGCACGGCUCAGCAAUACCUGGCACAGCACGGCUCAGCAAUACCUGACACAGCACCACUCAGCAAUACCUGACACAGCACCACUCAACAAUACCUGACACAGCACCACUCAGCAAUACCUGGUACAGCACGGCUCAGCAAUACCAGGCACAGCACGGCUCAGCAAUACCUGACACAGCACAGAUCAGCAAUACCAGGCACAGCACGGCUCAGCAAUACCUGGCACAGCACGGCUCAGCAAUACCUGACACAGCACAGAUCAGCAAUACCAGGCACAGCACGGCUCAGCAAUACCUGGCACAGCACCACUCAGCAAUACCUGGUACAGCACGGCUCAGCAAUACCUGGUACAGAAACUGAAGGGGUAGAGAGAGACACUGGUAAAGACACAUUAUAUGACCAAUCUGAGAACUGGAACUGAUUUUAUCCAGAGAGAUCUGGUGCUCCUGUGUCCACCUCACAUUAUGUGGGCACAGCUUGUGCUCUCCAUGCUGGUCACCUCUGCACUGGGGCAGACUUCACUAACGAACUAUUUAGUGCUGAUCCCAGCUGAGAUUCACUAUCCCUCUACGGAGAGUGCCUGUAUUCAUGUGAGUGGGGCACGAGAGCAGUUGUUACUAACACUCACCCUGCAGUCUGAGAGUAUGGACACCAUCAUAAACCAGCAGUACACUGAGGGCCCCAGCCUCUUCCAGUGUGUGUCCUUCAAGGUUUUGCCCCCAACAAGAGAUCAUGAAGAAGUUGUGACAAUUCACCUCUCUCUUGUCGGCCCAAACACAGAGAUGUCUGAGAGCCAAAAGAUUCUGAUCCGUAACAUGGGCACAAACACUGUUAUCCAGAUGGACAAACACAUAUACAAGCCAGGCCAGGAAGUAAGAUCCCGGAUUGUGACCUUUAACAGGGAGUUCCUGGCUGUGAAUGACAAUAUUCCACUAGUCGAGCUACAGGACUCACUUGGCAACAGAAUAGGACAGUGGUUAAACGUCUCCCCUAAGCAGGGCAUUGUAGACCUGUCAUUUUCACUGGACUCAGAGGCACCUGAAGGAACAUACACAAUCAGGUCCCCCAAUGGCAGACGGUCCUUUCACGUGUCAGAAUAUGUGCUGCCUACGUUUGAAGUAAACUUUUUCCUGCCCCAUGUGGUUACGCUCCUGGAUGAAAAGUUUCAGCUGAAAACCUGUGGAAGAUAUACAGUUGGAAAACCUGUUCAGGGUGAGGUCAAGAUCCAGCUGUGCCGCAGAGCAGUGACGUUUCACUGGUACCCAAAAAACCGUCCAAAGGAUGUGUGCAAAAUGUAUACAGGCAGGACGGACCGGACAGGUUGCCUAUCUCUGGAGAUCACAACUGACUCUUACCAGCUCCACUCAUAUGAUUAUCAGCUAAGAUUUGAUGUGGAGGCGUCAUUAGUGGAGGAUGAAACAGGGGUACAGAUGAAUGGAAGAAGCAGCUGUCGGGUAUCAGCUAUGAUCGCUAAGGUGUCCUUCGAGGAAUCAGAGAUCUCAGAUUCCUUUUACAAGCAGGGCCUGAGAUACAAGUCCAUGAUAAAGCUCAUGGCCGCUGAUGGGACCCCUCUGAAAUCAAAAACAAUUUACCUCAUUGAGAAAUAUGGCAGGAGAACCACUGAGCGAAUGUACGAGACGGAUGAAAAUGGACUGGUGUAUUUUACCUUGGACACCAAGUUGUGGGGUGGACAAAUGGUCACACUGACGUGGCAAUGGGUACAUUAGAGCUCCCUCUACUGGUCACCGCUCACAUGUCCCCGUUGGCUCAUAUCUUGGUCUACACCAUACUCGGUAACAACCGUAUUGCCGCAGACACUGAGCAGUUUACCAUCGAAAAGUGCUUCAGUAACAAGGUGAACCUAGAUUUCUCUUCCAUUGAGGGAGCCCCUGGAUCAAAUGUGUCUUUGAGUGUACAAGCCUAUCCAGGGUCGCUGUGCUCAGUGAGAGUUGUGGAUGAAAGUGUCUUCUUCUUGAGACCAGAGAGUGAGCUUUCCAGUGACACUCUGUACAGUUUAAUCGCACAGAGCAAUCGGUUUGGGUACGACAUUAGGGUGCAAGAUGAUGUCUCAACCUGCUGGGAGCCAUUAGUCUCUAGACAUUACCGUCCUUAUUAUGACAGCCAAAAACUCUUCUUGUAUGAGGCAGCUUCAAGCACCACUGAUGUAUUCACACUUAUCAAGGGAAUGGGUCUGAAAAUUCUCUCAAACACAGACAUGAAAUCCAAGAAUUGCAGAUUUUACCCUCCAGCUGCUGCCCUGAGCGCGUCCAGACAUGAUGUCUUCCAUGUUCCUCCCUCUAACGUUGAUUUACCAUUUUGGGGAAGCGAUCCAUAUAAUUUACCUGAUUCUGAAUCCUUUUCUCAUGAUGAAGUUGCUGGCAAACCACGGAAAAACCUUCCUGAGACUUGGAUUUGGGACCUGAUACCUGUGGGGCACACUGGGAAGGCUACAUUGUAUUAUGAGGUACCAGACAGCAUAACAGACUGGAAAGCUACCAUGCUCUGUAUGGGGGAGGUUGGCAUUGGCAUUGCUCCUAUAUCCACCUUUCGAGUCUUCAAGUCUUUCUUUGCUGAUAUGACCCUCCCGUACUCAGUCAUCAGAGGCGAGACAUUUGCUCUUACUGCCUCUGUCUACAACUAUCUGAACACAAGCUUGAUGGUGAAGGCCACUUUGGUUGAGACACCGGAGAUAGAGGUGACCAAACGUCCCACCUCUAACUAUACUCAGUGCGUCCCAGCCGAGCAAGUUAGAGUAUUCACUUGGGAUGUGAGAGCAGUUCUGCUGGGCACCGUUCACAUUGAGCUACACACUGAGACCAUUAACACUGAGGUACAAUGUGGAGACGAAAGGUCUGUGCUGAUGAACAAGAGUAUCUCUGAUGGCAUAAUCCGAACCUUCCUGAUCAAACCAGAAGGUAUCCCAGUUGAGACAACCCAGAACCUGCUUCUCUGUGCUGCAGGAAAUCUAUCCACAGACACAAUAUACCUGAGUUUACCUGCGGGAGCGGUGCCCGGGUCAGGCUCAGCCGGGAUCUCGAUUGUGGGAGAUAUGCUGGGGAUUGCUCUGGAAGGGAUUGACCAUCUUCUUGUUCUCCCCUUUGGCUGUGGAGAGCAGAACAUGGCGAGGUUUGCCCCCAAUAUCUACCUGCUAAAUUAUCUGAGGAACACCGGUCAGCUGACAGAGCAUACCAAAACCAGGGGAGUGGGUUACCUACUGCACGGUUAUCAUAGACAACUCCUUUUCCGUCGAGACGAUGCCUCGUUCAGUGCAUUUGGAAUGCGGGACAGUGAAGGGAGUACAUGGCUGACGGCAUUUACAAUGAAGACGUUACAAGCAAGCUGUGACUACAUAUAUGUGGAUGACACGUAUAUAGAUGGGGCAUUUGGGUGGUUGAGAGAAAAUCAGCUUCCCAGUGGCUGCUUCAGAUGCCGGGGCAAACUCUUCAAGACCAGCCUUCAGGGUGGUGUUAAUGAUGAGGUCUCUCUUUCUGCAUAUGUGACUUUAUCUCUGCUAGAGCUUAAGCUUCAUGUUGAGAAUUCUGUAGUGCAGAAUGCUCUGCAGUGCCUUCGUAACACAGUGGGGCAGGUGAUUAGUCUGUAUACAAAGGCUCUCCUAGCUUAUACAUUCACAAUGUCCACGGACUAUGAGAUCAGAGAUGCCCUUCUACAAGAUCUGUAUAAAAAUGCUGUGAAAAAAGGUGGACAGAUCUAUUGGUCUUUAAAUCCCAAUAGCACCUCUAAACAAUCCUAUUUGCCAAAUUCCUUUGAGGUGGAGUUGGCAUCUUAUGUGGUCUUGGCCCAUGUUGCAAAGGCAAACCCUACAGUGCAUGAUAUCAACAAUGCAUCCUCUAUUGUCUCUUGGAUAUCAAAACAACAGAACCCCAAUGGUGGGUUUGCUAGUACCCAGGACACAGUGGUGGCUCUGGAUGCACUUUCAAGAUUUUCUGAGAUAACACACUCUGGUUAUGAAGGUCUGGAAGUGAAUGUGACACCAGUAGAUGGAAAUGCCCCUAAGCAUCAAUUAUGGGUGGACAGUUCAACAAAACUCCUAGUGCAGAAGAUCCGUCUUGGAAAGUUGCCCGGAGCUUACACUGUCCAUGUCCAUGGGGAAGGUUGUAUCUAUCUACAGGCAAUACUGCACUAUAACUCCUAUCCUGCUGGGACCAGUCCUGUCUUUGAGCUCCAGCUGAGCACAAGUGGUAUGGGCUGUGAGGGUCAGUCUGCACCUUGCUUUAACCUUACAAUCAACGUACGGUACACAGGACCUCGACAGGUAACCAACAUGAUCCUCAUUGAGGCUGAUUUACUAUCUGGAUACAGUCCUGUGGCUGAGGCACUAAAUAAGUUAGAGACUCAUAAUUUGGUAAAGAAGAUUGAAACCAAGGAGGGCAAAGUUGUCAUUUAUGUAUCAGAGCUGUUCCAUGAAACUCAGCAUUUCUCCUUGUUGGCUACACAGAACAUCAUGGUGGGAAAUCUGGAAUCGCAGAUGGUGACUGUGUAUGACUAUUAUACCCCAGAUGAACAGGCCCAUGCAAUGUAUAACUGGUCACCUAAACACGUGGAUUAAUCAUGGAAGGAUGAUGCUGAUACGCUGGGAAUGGGAGAGAACAUGCAUUUUGUUUCAUGGAGAUAAACUAAAAAGUGACCUAAAAAAUCCAGGAAAGUGAACGAAGAUGAGCAGUUGGUAGUACAGGAGAGGGCAGAGGCAAAUGUGAAGAGACCAAUACUGAGGAAUACUGGGGUAUUGUGAAAAUAUAAAGGGGAAAUGAUGGAGAAACUUCAUAAAUCUAUAAAGGCUAUAAUCAGGAUACUAUAGAGCAGUUUGCUGAGAAUGAUGAAAAUAUUACGCUCUUGCAUUACCCAUGCCUGUCACUUCCUUUCCUGGAGAGAAAAAAAGAAUCAAAUUAAUAAAAUGUGUGAAGCAUCUA